AUGGAGCGGAAGGUUGCUUUUGCUGAAGACACGCGACCCCCGAAGCUGCAGCGAACAGAAGAUGCAGCAGCAGCAACAACAACAGCAGCAGCAGCAGCAGCAGCAGCAACAGCAGCAUCCGAAGCGAACCUAAAAGAAGCAGCAGGAGCAGCAGAAAAGAACGACAGCAGCAACAGCAGCAGCAGCAGCAGCAGCAGCAAUGAAGCCGAGAAGGAGGCAGCAACUGCUCCCAGCAGCGGCUCCGAGUGCGACUCCCCCUCUCGACCAACCAUCAGCAGCAGCUGCAGCAGCAGCAGCAGCAGCAGCAGCAAGAAGGAGCUUGAAGCAGCUUGGGAGGAGACAGAAUAUAAGAACUGGACGGUCAAUAGUCAAGUGCUUUAUGAUGUUUUGCUCAAUGCUCCGAUUGAGUGGCCGUCGCUUACUGUGCAGUGGCUUCCAGGCCUAACUCCAGGCUCCGCAUCUUCUGUUGUAAAGCAGCGGCUGCUUCUCGGCACUCAUACCAGCGGCGCAGAGCCAGACGCCUUGGUUGUGGAGCUGCCCCUGGGCCCAUUCGACGACCAGCAGACGAAUGAAUAUAAAGAAAGAGGCGACUACGAGGGUUUCCACUACGGGCUGUCUUCGUACAAAUUCAAAAUCGUCAAGAGGCUCCCGCAUCCGCGGGAGUCUAACUGCGCGCGGUACAUGCCCCAGCGUCCCUCCAUCGUCGCCAGCUGCGCUGUUGACGGCAAGGUUCUUUUGUAUGAUUUGGAUGCCCCGGGCAUCUGUGAGGGCCCCGAGGCUUCUUUAGCAGGAAACAAAGGCGAAGCGACCUGUUUAAGCUGGAACCCUUACCGUGAGGGUCAACUCGUUUCUUGUGCUGCUGAGGGCACUUGGGCUGUACAUGAUGCUGCUGCUGCGCUGCAGCAAAAGACAACAGAUGCAACCACUUCCCUCCUUUUGUCUGAUAGAAGCAUCCGCCUUAACAGCUGCUGCUGGGCUGCAGCAGACGUCUUCAUAGUAGCACAAGAGAACAGCGUCGUAUCACUGUGGGACAUUCGUCAGGCCCCAAAACAGCCGAUCGGCGAGUUGCUGGCGUUGUACGACUGGCGUCGCUUAGGUGCACCUCUGCAUGCAGUUGAACAUGCUUCGGAGCGCUCUGUCUCUGUUAUAUCUUUUUCUGCUUUUCUUUCGUCCGUUAUUACCGAAGGCUCCACCGAUAAGACGAUAUCUAUUUAUAACUUCGAGAGGGUCGGCGCACCCCAAGACCCUGAAGAUGCUGAAGACGGUCCUCCAGAGCUACUGUUUACUCACGGGGGGCAUCGUGCAGAUAUCUACGACGCGGCGUGGAAUUGCGAAGAGAAAUUCCCUCAGAUGGUGGCUUCCGUCGCCAACGACAACAGACUUCAUAUUUGGCAGCCGAAGGCUUCUGUUUUCUUUGAAAGCGACAGCGAAGAGGAGGAAGAUCCGGAGCAGUUGGAAUAA